CAUCAAGGCGCAGAGCGCCCUGCACGAGCAGAAGACGCUGCCCGGGAUGGCGCGCCCGAUCCAGGUGAAGCCCGCGGACAGCGAGAGCCGUGGAGGUAGGGACAGGAAGCUCUUCGUGGGCAUGUUAAACAAGCAGCAGUCCGAGGAGGACGUGCUGCGGCUCUUCGAACCCUUCGGCGCCAUUGACGAGUGCACGGUGCUCCGCGGAGCCGACGGCAGCAGCAAAGGCUGCGCUUUCGUCAAGUUCUCCUCGCACACGGAGGCGCAGGCCGCGAUCCACGCGCUGCACGGCAGCCAGACCAUGCCCGGCGCCUCCUCCAGUCUAGUGGUGAAGUUUGCUGACACAGAUAAGGAGAGGACCCUCCGGCGCAUGCAGCAAAUGGUGGGGCAGCUGGGGAUAUUCACUCCAUCUCUCGCGCUGCCGUUCAGCCCGUACGGCGCCUAUGCGCAGGCUCUGAUGCAGCAGCAGACAACAGUUCUCUCCACGUCCCACGGCAGCUACGUGAGCCCCGGCGUGGCCCUCGCCCCCUGCCACCUGCAGCAGAUCGGGGCCGUGAGUCUCAGCGGGCUGCCGGCCACCGCGCUUGCUCCAGCCUCAGGGCUACAUUCGCCGCCUCUCCUGGGAACAGCAGCCAUGCCAGGGCUCGUAGCACCCAUUCCCAAUGGAUUCACUGGAGUGGUGCCAUUCCCAAAUGGCCAUCCAAGUUUGGACACAGUUUACACCAAUGGCCUUGUGCCGUACUCAGCCCAGAGCCCUUCGGCGGCAGAGCCUCUGCACCCGGCCUUCGCAGGGGUUCAGCAGUACGCAGCGGUGUACCCGGCUGCCACCAUCGCUCCCCUCGCGCCGAGCGUUCCUCAGCCGCCUCCCGUCCUGCAGCAGCAGCGGGAAGGUCCUGAAGGCUGCAAUCUCUUCAUCUACCAUCUCCCUCAGGAGUUUGGAGACAACGAGUUGAUGCAGAUGUUCCUGCCCUUCGGCAACAUCAUCUCCUCCAAGGUGUUCAUGGAUCGUGCCACCAACCAGAGCAAAUGUUUCGGUUUUGUAAGCUUUGACAACCCAUCCAGUGCACAGACCGCUAUCCAGGCCAUGAACGGCUUCCAGAUUGGCAUGAAACGUUUGAAGGUCCAGUUAAAACGACCCAAAGACGCCAACCAUCCCUACUGACAGCAGCAGGCAAGGAAGCAGGAGUCGCUUGUGCAGCACAGGUAAAG